UAUUAAAAAGAUUGGCGGUAUUUUAAAAAAUCAUAUCUGUCAAAAUGUUGACAGAUUUGAAAUACCCGCGAGUGAACGAAACGAAAGUUUUAUUCAUUUAACAAAAUGUCGAUACCAGUAAUUCCUGCCCUUAGACAACCAAAGCAAGUAAAUAAACCUAAGAAAUUGAAGAAAUUCGACGAUGAUUACGUGAUAAUAACAAUGAAGGACAACAAGAAAUUGGUAGUCAGUUCUGAUGGUUACCAUGGUAUUGUAAAAAUGGACGAAAAGUUUGUCUGCGUACUUUGUGAUUACAAAAUUAAUUUGGACGAGAAACUAAAGGCAGAUCAUAAAGUUAAGAAAACUCAUUUGAAAGCGCUGACUUUGUUUCCACACGUAGAAAGUUUUCGCGACAAUCUGAUACGUCAGUUAAAUAAGAAUGGAUGUUAUUGCACUAUAUGUAAUGUUAUGGUGUCAACACACUAUCUAAUGUGUCAUGUGGAUGGAGAGCUUCACAAGCAGGAACUUGAGAAGGCGGUUAUAAGAGCAAAUACAUAUAAACCUAAAUGAAUAAAUUG